AUGAACCUCCGCGCUGUUGCUGCUGCUUCACUCGCCGCUCUUGUCGGCAUCGACGCUGCAGUUAUCGCCCAUGACGCUGUUGUGCCGUUCCCGCAGCCAACGCCAAACACCACCAUCCAGACCGUCGCUGUCAAGUUCAAACCCCAGAUCUACAUCAACAACGGAUGCCACCCGUACCCUGCAGUCGAUGAAGACGGCAACACCAGCGGCGGCUUGGAGCCCACGGGUGCAAGGGAUCUGGUUAUGGCAGUCAGAUCUACGGCCGCGCUGUGGAGUACGAAGGCGUCUACGCCUUCAUGUACUCCUGGUACAUGCCCAAGGACGAGACGUUGGACGGACAGGGACACCGUCACGACUGGGAGAACUGCGUCGUGUGGCUGGACUCUCUCGACAACCCGAGUAUUGUUGCGCUUUCCGCCUCCUACCACAGCACGUACCUGUACUACUACCCUCCCGACUCGGACUACCUGGACGGCAACAGUGCUAAGAUCGAGUACUCGACGAGCUGGGUCAUCCUUGACCACUCGCUGUCGGCGACGUCGACUGCUGGCGAGACCCAGGACUUGAUCAUGUGGGACCAACUAACCGACGCAGCUCGCACAGCACUGGAAGACACGGACUUCGGUGACGCCAACGUGCCGUUCAAGGAGGCCAACUUCGAGACGAAGCGUGCCAAUGCGUACUACGCG